UCCGCCCGCGCCUGCGCCGCGCCUGCGGUGAAGGGAGCGGGGCCGGUGCAGGCCUGGGGGUGGUUUCCUCUCCGCAGCCGUCUGCCGGUGGCCAAGAGCAGGUCAUGAGAUCCAUGCGAGUCCUCGGGCCGAUCGCUCUGCGGUGCCGCUGGGCGUGUCUUGUGCAGCCCAGGAAGGCCCCGAGCCUGCUCUGGGCCUCAGGUCAGGGGCCGCUGCCGGGCUGGAGGCCGUUCCGAUCCUCGCAGGUGUCCUGCAAGCUGCCUGGUGGAGACCCGAGAGAGAGCGAUGCUGGCAGCUGCGCUGGAGCUGUUGGGGCGGAGGAGGAGGAGGAGGAUGAUGACGAAGGCGUGGAGUUCGGGACGCUGUCUAAUAAAUUUUCCUCAAGAAAAUAUUAUCGCAAAACCACUUCACGCUUCCAUAAUUUAAAGCUUCAUGAAGAUGGAGAGGAAGAACCGGAAAGAAAACCUCGACGCGGACCGAAGAACACACCAUACUGGUACUUCUUAAAAUGCAAGGCUCUCAUCAAAGAGGAUAAGCUGGCAGAGGCUCUGGAGCUGUUUGAGGUGCAGAUGCUGAAGGAGGAGCGUGUGCAGCCAGAAGAAAGCAAUUACACAAUUCUGAUUGGUGGCUGUGGCAGAGUUGGCUACGUGAAAAAGGCUUUCAGGCUCUACAAUGAUAUGAAGAAACGAGGCUUGACUCCCACUGAGGCCACGUACACAGCCCUGUUCAAUGCCUGCGCCGAGUCCCCGUGGAAGGACUCUGGGCUGCAGAGUGCCCUCAAACUGCGCCAGCAGCUGAAGAGCAAGAAUGAGGAGCUGAACCUCAUCACCUACCAUGCACUGCUGAAGGUCUGCGCCCUCUGCUCGGAUCUCAGGAUGUGCUUUGAUGUACUGAAGGAGAUCGUGCAGAAGGGCCAUGUGCUUACAGCUGAGACCUUCAGCUUCCUCCUCAUGAGCUGCAUCAAGGACAGCGAAAACGGCUUCCGGUAUGCCCUGCAGGUCUGGAAACAAAUGACUGCCCUUGGAAUAAAGGCUAACAGCCACAGUUACAAUCUGCUGUUGCGUGCUGCCAGAGACUGUGGGAUAGGGGAUCCCAUGGUGGCAUCCAGGCUCCUGCUCAGCCCCAGCACUGAGAACCCAGCUCAGCUAAGGCUUGCACCCGUGAGGCAGAGGGAAAAGGGGAAAAGUCAGAGGAGGAAAGGAGCAGAGCAUGCAGCUGCUGUCCAGCUGGAUGUGGAAGCCAUGGAAAACCAAUUCUUUCAGGAGAAGCUGGUGCAGCCUGAAGAACUGAUCUGCCCACAAACCAAAGAUGUGACUCAGGCUGAAGCAGAACCAGCUGCCCUGGACUGCCCCAGCACAGCUGGCAGCAGGACCGAAGUGUUGGUGACAAAAGGCCAGAACGAGGUGGAGCAGGCACAAGCAGACCUAAGCCAGAAGCUGCCCUUCUGCAAGCUGCCCAACUUGCUGGAUUCCAGGAGACCCAGUGCAGAGGUGGUGUCCCUGGGGACAGUGGCCACCCCAGCCCAUCGACUGGCUGUGAUGGGGGAUGUGGAAGGCUUCUUGAAUAAAAUGAAAGAGGACAAUGCAGAACCCAACAUUAAAACAUUUACAUUGCUGGCUGAACUGGUGGAACCCCAAAGCCCUUCAGAGUCCUAUUUGCUGGCAAGCUUAGAUAAGCAUAAAGUGAAAGUAGAUGUUACCUUCUAUAAUACUUUAAUAAGGAAGAAAAGUAAACAGGGAGAUCUGGAAGGAGCAAAGAGCAUGUUACCAGCUUUAGUGAAGAAGGGACUGUCUCCCAACCUCCACACCUUUUGCAACUUGGCCAUUGCCUGCCACCAAGAGAAGGAUGGGCUGCAAUUGCUCUCAGAUUUGAAGAGGUCUGGUGUGACUCCCAACAAACACAUCUACAGCACCCUCAUCGCUGCUGCUGUGAAGCAGCUCAACUACAAUUACCUCACCGAGAUCCUGCGAGACAUGAGGAGAAACCAGGUGGCUCCCAAUGAAGUCAUCAUACGCCAGCUGGAGUUUGCAGCACAGUACCCUCCAAAGUUUGACAGGUACAAGUCAAAGAACCCCUACCUGGAGAGGAUCGAUGGCUUCCGGGGCUACUACUAUCGGUGGCUGAAAUUCAUGGCAGGAGAGGAGACCCCGCACCCCUGGGCAAAAUACAGGACAGCCACGUGGGAGGCAGAUGAGGGGAAGGAAGAGGCUGGCCAGAAGUAGCAGCAAGCAGGACACACAGUCCUGCAUCCUCCUUGCGCUGGAAGAACUUGGAACUUACUCCCUUAAACUGUGGUGUAGUAAAGCUGCUGUGAAGCCAGGUUCUACCCAAUAAAA